UGUGUACCAGAUGUAGACAAGAGGAAUACGUUUUGACAUUUCUAGCAAAAUAUAAGAGGUAUGGGACAUCUUUACUCGUCCAUGAUACUAUGAUCUGAAUCGGAAGAUAUGCGCACUGGUCCAAAAUGUCAGCUUCCGCUGUGUUCCGAUCUAUUUUUAUCCCACGGGAUGUUUGAUAAUCUGAACAAUAUUUUUUUAAGAAAAGAUGUAUGUACAUUACAAUAUAACCGACUUUACCACACAAAAAAACUGAAAACAAAAGUUCUAUAUGGGUGUUCGAGCACUGGUCUGUACUUACGUAAAUACCCGCCAUUGCACAGGUGUCAUGUGACCUGUUGCCAAAAAUAAACCAACGUGCAAAAGUCACGGUGAUAGGCUUUAAAUUACUAACGGUAAGUCUAUCCUGUAUAAUUAUAUAAUCACAAUUUAAACUUUAACUUUUCAAUAGGUAUUGGAAAUAAAACAACAAAAAACUAUGUUUUGUGUUCGAGCACUGGUCGGAUGAGUCUAUUCUUGCAGGGACCACAAUAUUAAUGUAAAAGGAAUUUUUACUAUCGACCUGGACACGGAUAUCGGAGGCAUGUGAAACUCUCUAGCAAAAUGUAGCAAGAUCAAAUGACAUAUAUGCUACCUUACCAUAAAACAAAUUACAUAUAGCUAAUUCCACAUUUUUUCAUUAGUUGUGUGUGUACCAGUGAUUUUUGGAACUUGAAUAUAUUGUGUGAAUCACAGGAAUUCCGAGUAUCUGCAGAUCUCUGGACUUUAUCAAUAUUUUAGAAAUUGUGCUAUGAACUCAUUUGAAAAAAUUGUGCGAAUAUUAUUGGUGUCUUUAAUUUAUGUAACUGAUUACAAUGAUAUAAUCAUACAUACCAUAUAUAUGUGUGGUACUCAAUACCUUCACUGUUCUGACAAGGAAAAAGUUCAUGCUACAUUGGUCUCAAACUGCCAGAUCCUGUAUCUCUAGUAUUUUACUUCUGUACGUAGCAAUGACAGAGGUCCGGUGUUGUCUCUAUUUUACUUUAAAAUUUACAAUCCUAUGCUCAAAUAGGAACAUGGACUUGACAUUCCUUUGGAAUCGGAUAUCUAAAAUUAUGAUCCACCUCCUUGGUUUUAACAGUUUUGGCUCUUAGUCUUAGCACCACAAACAAAUCUUAAAAGAACAAAGCAGUUGUAUGAUGCAGUUUAAUUCAUUAUUGACAUUAUUUAUUAUUGUAUCAAUUUUUUUAUUGAAAGGUGACUGAUUUUAAAUGCUUUCAUCUGAUUACUUUUCAGGAAUGCAGAAAAGAAAGAAAAAAGAAAAGGAUGAAGGUGCAGUCGAUAUCAGAACCAGCAAAAUGAGGAAGAUCUACAAAAAAGGAGAUCAGGUUCUUUGUGCUAUGGACAUGGGAAUAUGGUGGCCGGGAUAUAUUGAUUCUGAAGGCGGCAGUCAACUGAUCAUUGGCUUUUGGGAUGAACUUGAAACGCAAAUUAACAAAGAAGAAAAGAACAGAGCUUUUAAAAAAGUACAAAGAUGAUAUCCAAAAGUGCCUUUGCCACCAUGCUAGUGGUGUAUCUUUAGCUGAACCUACAGUUGAACCCACAGAGAACAUCGAUGAACCCACAGAGGACAUGGCUGAACCAACAAAUGAACCCACAGAGGACGUCACUGAACCUACAGCUGAACCCGUAAAGGACGCCACUGAACCAACAGCAGAACCAACAAAGGAUGUCACUGAACCUACAGCUGAACCCACAGAGAACAUCGAUGAACCCACAGAGGACAUGGCUGAACCAACAGAUGAACCCACAGAGGACGUCACUGAACCUACAGCUGAACCCGUAAAGGACGCCACUGAACCAACAGCAGAACCAACAAAGGACGUCACUGAACCUACAGCUGAACCCGUAAAGGACGCCACUGAACCAACAGCAGAACCAACAAAGGACGUCACUGAACCUACAGCAGAACGCACAGAGGACAUCAUUGAACCAACAGAUGAACCCACAACGGAUGCCACUGAACCUACAGCUGAACCCACAGAGAACAUCACUGAACCAGCAGAUGAACACACAGAGGAUUUCACUGAACCAACAGAUGAAACCACAGAGGACAUCGCUGAAGCCACAACGGACGCCACUGAACCUACAGCUGAACCCACAGAGAACAUCACUGAACCAGCAGAUGAACACACAGAGGAUUUCGCUGAACCAACAGAUGAACCCACAGAGAACAUAACUGAACCCAAAGAGGACGUCGCUAUACCUAUAGCAGAACCAACAAAGGACAUCACUGAACUUACAGUUGAACCCACUAAGGAUGCCACUGAACCAACAACGGAAUCCACAAAGGACAUCACUGUACUUGCAUUUGAACCUUUAGCUGAAUCUACAGUGGGCAUCAAUCAAGCCUCAGACUACAUCUAUGAACCUUUAUGGAACAUAACUGAACUUACAGAGGAUGUCUCUAGUCAUUAUGAUUCCGAUAAUGACCCAGAGUAUGUGCCUGACAGUGACAGUGAAAUUUCUGAGGUGUAUGAAUAUGAUGUUCCAGAUAUCUCGAGCUUUCUUGAAAAAAGUGAAGAUGAAGAAUCAAAUAUGGAUCUAUCUUCCAUUUGCAAAAGCAAAAUAGGGAAAAACGUUUCAGAUUUUCCAGUAUCGGCAAACAGCUUCACCAGUCUAACCCAAAGAAAGAACAGAACUGAUGACCAGGAAGGAUGCAUCAUAAUUGAAUUUGAACAUGAUGAAACAGCAGCAUCAGAAAAGAUUCCACCAGCUGAAAGUCAGCUUAAAGAAGAAGACCGUUUGUAUGACAUUAAUUUCCCAGAAAUGUUCAUCAAAAAGUAUGAAAAGAAAGCGGAAACAAAACAUGGAAGACCAUAUGACAGACGACAUUCGUGCUACUACUGUGGAAAGCUUAAAACUAACAUCCAAACACAUCUUGAACAUGCACACAGAAUAAAGGAGGAAGUAAAGACUUUCAUUAAAAUGAAGCAGGAAAUAGGAGAAACCUUGGAUGCCACAAAGAAGAAGGUGUUGAAUGCACAAUUACAUCGAUUACAGACUGUUAUAAGAAAUAAAGGAAAUCACAUGCACAAUGAAAAGGUAUGGAAGCAGAAACAGGGAGAAAUUCUACUAGCAAGACGACCUCUGGCAUUUGACUGUUCAAAAUAUGGUCCUUGUCCAAAAUGCAAGGAGUGGAUUAUUUUAGAAAACAUUACAAAACACCAGCAUACCUGUGUAGCAAAUGAAGUUUCCACACAGAAACCAAAUGGUGAUCAUGAGUUUGAAGAAGCAGUCAGCAAAGGAGCAACCAUAGUACAGAUGAAAGUCUUGAAGGGACAACUUACCACACACCCAUCAAAAAAGAUUGUGAAGGAGGUGUUUCCAUCAAUGACUAGAGAUGAUGUUACAGAGUGUGCACAAAACGAUAAAUUGAUAGUAGCACUAGGAGAAAUAUGGCUCAUGAAAAAUGUAGGAAACCGCCUGCGUAGAAGAAAUAUCACAAGUUUUCGAAUGCGUCUUGCUGGGAGACUAUUGUUACUGAUCAGGGAUAAAUUACAAUUAAAGGAGUCGACAAUGAGCAGUGUUCUGAUACCCAAAAACUUUGAUCUUAUUGUUGAGAGUACAUUGGAUGUUUGCAAAGAGAAUCAGGAGAAAGAGCUACAGAAUCCUAGUUCCGCUAUCAAAUUAGGAUAUGACUUGUCCCGUCUUGCCUCCUUGAAGUUGGGAUUCAGUAUCAAAGCCAGUGAUGAGAAACUUAAACAAGAAGCAACAGAUUUUCUGCGUCUGAUGCAGCUAGAAUGGAGUGUUAAAGUAACAAAACUUGCCCGAGUCACACUUGAAGAAAGACGUUUCAACAAAGAAAAAGAAUUGCCACAUCCAGAAGACAUUGCACAUUUGGCAACUUACAUGGUAGAAGCGCUGAAAACUCUUGAUUUGUCUGAACCUAAUGAAGCAAUAUUCAGAGAGGCAGUAAUUCUGACACAGGCUAGGUUGCUUUUGUACAACCGGCGACGUCCUGGGGAGUUAGAGAGCUUGAGAAUAGAUACCUACCUGUCAAGAGCCGAUCUAGAUGAAACGGACCUUUCUAUGCGGCAGUCCCUUUCAGAUUUUGAGAAAAAAUUGCUGAAAACACAAGAUCUGGUAGAGAUUCGUGGCAAAACUGGAAGAGGUGUUCCUGUUCUUAUUCCACUAGAAACACAGAGGGUGCUGGAAUUUCUCUCCAACAAGGCCUCCAGAGAUAAAGGUGGAAUAAAAGCAGAAAAUCCCUACAUGUUCGCGAAUAAGAGCUCUGGUGUUGUAAGAGCUGGGGACAGCUUAAAUGAGGUGAAAGAAAGGCUGGGAGCAAAACUUAAGUACCCCAAGAGGAUAUUGGCAACAAACCUGAGGAAGCACACAGCAACUAUUGCACAGGUGUUGAGUUUAAAUGAACACGAAAUGAAGUGGCUAUGCAACCAUUUAGGGCAUACUCGCCGUGUGCAUGAUCAGUAUUACCGACAAACCUCGGGAUUGAUAGAAAGAAUUGAUAUUGCUAAGCUUAUGAUUAUGCAGGAGCAUAAUUUGGUGGCAAAAUGUAACCAGAAGAGCCUGUCAGAAAUUCAAUUUGAUGAGCUCCUGGUAGAUGAGACAAGUGGCGGGGACCAGGAAACUGAUCCACUUACAGUCAGCUUUGAAGAAAUAAUUAAGAUUGAUGAUGGUAGUAUGGGCAAAUGCAACAAAAAUGGAAAACCAGUUAACAGGGUAAAGUGGUCCAAGGAAGAAGAGGAAGAAAUAAUGCGGUAUUUUAAGAAAUACUUCCACAGAGAGGUGAAUAAAACUUGCCCGAGUCAACAUGAUUGCAAGGCAGCCGUUGCCUUUAGUGAGGAAAAUGGUGGCCAACUUCAGAAAAGGUCCUGGGAAACCAUCAAAAAAAAAGUUUCCCGCAUGCUCAAAUCCAAGGUUUUAGCUUAAGAAGUCUAUUGCUACUGGUCACUGUCUGACAUUUUAGCUAAAAUUUUAACUACAAUGAACUGUGUACAUUUAUAGAUGAUGUCACUUACCAUUUUCAUUGUGUUGGAUAGUUGCGGUCUAGUUGGCCUGAUGUUCUUUUUAAGAUAGAAAUUACUAAGAUUUUAGAUUUAAGGUUUAAGAUUAGUAGAUACAAUUUUUGGACACUGGUCCACAAUAGUGAUAUCCUUGAGAUUAUCAUGUUCAAACUAUCCAAGUAUUCUAAGAAAUACUUUCACAGAGGGGUGAACAAAACUUGCCCGAGUCAUUAUGAUUGCAAGGCAGCCAUUGCCUGUAGUGAGAAAAAUGGUGGCCAACUUCAGAAAAGGUCCUGGGAAACCAUCAAAAAAAAGUUUCCCGCAUGCUCAAAUCCAAGGUUUUAGCUUAAGAAGUCUAUUGCUACUGGUCACUUUCUGACAUUUUAGCUAUAAUUUUAACUACAAUGAACUGUGUACAUUUAUAGCUGAUGUCAUUUACCAUUUUCGUUGUGUUGGAUAGUUGCGGUCUAGUUGGCCUGAUGUUCUUUUUAAGAUAGAAAUUACUAAGAUUUUAGAUUUAAGGUUUAAGAUUAGUAGAUACAAUUUUUGGACACUGGUCCACAAUAGUGAUAUCCUUGAGAUUAUCAUGUUCAAACUAUCCCAAGUAUUCUAAGAAAUACUUUCACAGAGGGGUGAACAAAACUUGCCAGAGUCAUUAUGAUUGCAAGGCAGCCAUUGCCUGUAGUGAGAAAAAUGGUGGCCAACUUCAGAAAAGGUCCUGGGAAACCAUCAAAAAAAAGUUUCCCGCAUGCUCAAAUCCAAGGUUUUAGCUUAAGAAGUCUAUUGCUACUGGUCACUGUCUGACAUUUUAGCUAUAAUUUUAACUACAAUGAACUGUGUACAUUUAUAGCUGAUGUCAUUUACCAUUUUCGUUGUGUUGGAUAGUUGCGGUCUAAUUGGCUUGAAGUUCUUUUUAAGGCUGACGGAAGGUCAAAAUCACUGAUGAAUAUUUUAUGACAUUAUAAAGCAAAGUUGAUCAUAAUUUAAUAAGGAGUCGACUGAUUAAGGUCAAGGUUACUGGGUCAAUUGUCCAGGUCAGUAUAUUGCCACUAAGAUGGAACCCAUGCUGACCUGUCGGUGUUCGGGUACCCAUAGAAAUUAAUUCAAACUUUGUUAAAACUUUCAACAUGGAAUGGCAUUUUGAUGGUAAGAACUGACUUAAAAUUUACCACAAGGGGCCAUAGUUCAGGGCCAAACAUAGUCAAAGAGGAGAUAAAACUUUUACAAUUUCCUAGUUAAGACCCAGAGCCGCUAGAAUCAAAUAAAUACUUUUUUGUUGUUGUUGUUGUUCAUGUUUUAAAAACUAACAAAAAACAAAUCUAUCUGUAUCAAUGUAUCAGAACUCGGUGACUGGUAAGGCCUAUGGGUCUCCUGUUUUUAUUUACUUUAAAAUAAUGCAUUGUACUAAUUUCAUUUUUAAAAAAAACCCUGAAAAAAGAAUUCAUUAGAAAUUAUAUUGCCUCUAUAUUAUAUUGAAUACCUGUUCAGCACAUGUAGCAUGUUUGCUGAUUAAGUUAUAUUUCUUUGUUUAAUAAGUAAUGAUAUUCCCUUUAUGUUUUUAACUUGAAGCAAAAGAGUCAUAAAAGUGAAUAGAAAAUUUCAAGUAAUGCAAUUUUGUCUUAUCAAAUCAUGCAUUACAGAUGAGAUAGAAUCUGAAAACAAAAACAAAGUUCUUAUUUAUUUUUGCUUUUGCUUUGAAUAACUAUUCACAUGAAUGGUAUUUUGUUGAUAAAGAAAUGAACAAGCUUAAAAAAUCAUAAUGAAUUUGAUUUCUGGUUUAUCAUGCAUUAAUUACCUUGGCCUUAUUUUGAAUAAAAUGUGAAAUAAACAUUUGCAUCGUCUGGAAUAAAAUGUGAUUGAGUAAUA